AUGGACCAUGUCAAGAAUUUUUACCAGAUGAUUCUGAAAUCAUCACAUCCGAUCACUAUGAGUCUACACUUAUUGGGCAAAUCGGCUCCGAUAGUGUUGUACCUAGCUGGCUCAUUGUUCAUGAGUUUUACAGCUCAGUUCAUUGCAGUCUUGUUACUACUGGCAGGAGAUUUUUAUGUGACCAAGAAUAUAACAGGGCGCAAACUUGUACAGCUCCGGUGGUGGUAUGAUUCUGUGAACUCCGAAGAGGGACCGCUAUCAUUCGAGUCGUACAAGCAGUUUGCUCCAGGACCUCCUAUAAAUCCAAUUGAUUCAAAAUUAUUCUGGAUUUCGCUUUAUGUAGCACCCGCCCUAUGGAUUGUAUUCGGUAUUAUGUGCCUGCUACAAGCCAAGUUCCUCUAUCUUAUACUAAUUGGAAUGGCUGUUUGUCUCACAGGCUGGAAUGCUCACGGAUUCAGAAACUGCGAUAAAUGGGACCCUUCCGCAAAUAAUUCAGAGUCAGGAACCUGGUUGCAAAUGCCGAACAUGGCUAGUUUUGAGAAUCUUGGGAGACUAGCUAGAAUCCAAAACUUGUUUCGGUCGAACUAA